AUGGAUGACCUGCCCGAGGCCAGAAACUAUGAGGUGGCAGAUAAGCUGGAAUUCCAGCCGAGGCGGCGUUCCAAAGCGUGUGCUCGAACAACAGCUGGCGGGGCCUCCGCCAUGGAAGGCGUGGCAAACUGCAUGGGACGUGACAUGGUGGAGAUUGACCCUCUCGACUUGCAACGGAAUGAGAUGCGAUGUUUUGACUUCACGAUGAUUGUGAUCUUUUCCAGGCUAGUGAUACCCUCUCGCGCUGCAGGUCCCAGUAGCAGUGUGACCAGUGGGGGUACGUCACCAAUACCCUACAGCGAAUUCAUCCCGGAUAGGUAUUCUUCUGGAGCAAAUGGAGACACUUUCAGCAGGACGCCAGUGCCAUCGUCAGAAAUGGAUGAUGGACCUUCUCGAAGAGAUCAUUUCAUGAGAAGUGGAUUUGCCUCUGGGAGGAGUUUGGGAAACAGAGAUGCCGGCGAGUCUAAUAAAAGGGAGAGCGCGUCCACGAUGGGUGGCUUUGGCGUUGGAAAGGGUUUUGGAAACAGAGGUUUUCCCAAUAACAAGCUUGAAGAAGGUGAUAGCUCUGGUUUCUGGAGAGAGCCUAAUAACUUCGGGGAAGACGCUCAGGCGCGGAGCAGGGGGUUCUCCAGGAGAGGAGGCUUUCAGGAUGGAAAUGACUCAGAAGCUUUGGCGCCGCCCAGAAGAGGUGGACGAGGUGGCUUCCGAGGUUGCCGUGGAGGGUUUGGCCUGGGAAGUCCAAGCAAUGGUGACAUUUACCAAAGCAGAGGUGGGAGUGGACGAGGUGGCUACAAAGGGCUAAAUGAAGAAGUCAUCACAGGCUCUGCAAAAAAUUCUUGGAAGUCAGGAACUGAAGGAGCAGAAAGUGAUGACACUCAAGGACCAAAAGUGACCUACGUCCCACCUGCCCCACCCGAGGAUGAGGACUCCAUCUUCGCACAUUAUCAGACAGGCAUCAACUUUGACAAGUACGACAGUAUUCUCGUGGAAGUGUCUGGACACGACGUUCCACCAGCGAUUUUGACGUUUGAAGAAGCUAAUCUCUGUCAGACGCUGAAUAACAACAUUGCUAAGGCUGGUUACACGAAGCUGACUCCUGUGCAGAAAUACAGCAUCCCGAUCAUACUCGCAGGGCGAGACCUGAUGGCUUGUGCUCAGACAGGAUCGGGGAAAACGGCAGCGUUUCUCUUGCCAAUCCUGGCGCACAUGAUGCGUGACGGCAUCACCGCCAGCCGCUUCCGGGAGCUGCAGGAGCCCGAGUGCAUCAUCGUGGCCCCCACCCGAGAGCUCAUCAAUCAGAUCUACCUGGAAGCCAGGAAGUUCUCCUUCGGAACUUGUGUAAGAGCUGUUGUCAUAUAUGGGGGAACCCAGUUUGGGCAUUCAGUUCGACAGAUAACCCAAGGCUGUAAUGUGUUAUGUGCUACUCCUGGGAGACUGAUGGAUGUCAUCAGUAAAGAAAAGAUUGGUCUUAGACAAGUCAGAUAUCUAGUUCUGGAUGAAGCUGACCGCAUGCUGGAUAUGGGUUUCGGACCAGAAAUGAAGAAAUUAAUUUCCUGUCCAGGAAUGCCUUCAAAGGAACAGCGCCAAACCCUUAUGUUUAGUGCAACUUUCCCAGAAGAAAUUCAAAGGAUGGCUGGGGAGUUUUUAAAGCUGAACUACCUGUUUGUUGCUGUUGGACAAGUGGGCGGGGCAUGCACAGAUGUCCAGCAGACGGUCCUCCAAGUGGGCCAGUACUCCAAGCGAGAGAAGCUGGUCGAGACCCUGCGGAACACAGGUGAUGAAAGAGCUAUGGUCUUUGUUGAAACUAAGAAAAAAGCAGAUUUUAUUGCCACUUUUCUUUGUCAAGAAAAAAUAUCAACAACAAGCAUUCAUGGGGACCGGGAACAGAGAGAGCGAGAGCAGGCCCUGGGAGACUUCCGCUGCGGGAAGUGCCCCGUGCUGGUGGCUACUUCCGUAGCUGCCAGGGGGCUGGACAUUGAAAACGUUCAGCAUGUGAUCAAUUUUGACCUUCCCUCCACCAUCGACGAGUAUGUUCACCGCAUCGGGCGCACCGGCCGCUGUGGCAACACCGGCAGAGCCGUCUCCUUCUUUGAUCCCGAGUCGGACAGGCACUUGGCGCAGCCGCUCGUGAAGGUGCUGUCGGAUGCUCAGCAGGAUGUUCCCGCGUGGCUGGAAGAGAUCGCCUUCAGUACCUACGUGCCCGGCUUCAGUGGGAGCAGCAGAGAGAGCGUGUUCACAUCGGUGGACACCAGGAAGAAUUUCCGUGGCAAGAGCACUCUGAGCACAGCAGGCUUUUCCUCUUCACAAAUCCCUAACCCAGCAGAUGACGAGUCGUGGGAUUAAAGCCACGGCAGCCUUCAAGUUCUGAUAGAGUUUCAAUGCAGAGAAGCAGUUUUGAUUUUGAGUUUUUAACGGAAGUGUGAAACCCAGUACUUGUACCUCCUGUCGUUCUGUUCUUACUCCCGCCCUUGAAAACCCCUCACCGACCAGUUAUGAGAGAUGCUAACGCUACAGCUUUGCAGCUACUGAUGCAGACGGUGUUGACUGGAAAGAUUAAAGCAUUCUA